AUGGAGGAGCAUCGGCGGCAGCGGGAGAUGAAGGCCCAGAGCCUGGUUUUCGCGAUUAAUGGCGAGAGGUUCGAGCUCGCGAGCGUCGACCCGACCACCACCUUGCUCGAGUUCUUGCGGACCCGGACGAGCUACAAGGGGGCCAAGCUCGGCUGCGGAGACGGUAGAUGUCUCCCCUUCUUCCUCCAGCUAGGGUUUUCUGGUUCGCCCAUCCGUCCGGGAAAAUCGGUAGAACUUUUAGGUCGCUAGGGUUUUCUGGUUUUCCUUCCUCCAUUGUCAUUCUUCAAUCUGCCGGUUUUUUACCCUUUUCUAGGGGGAUGCGGGGCCUGCGUCGUCCUCCUCUCGAAAUACGACCCCGUUUCAGGGGAAAUUGAGGAUCUCUCAGUGAGCUCCUGCCUCACCCUCCUGUGCAGCGUCCACCUCUGCUCCGUCACCACCACCGAGGGCCUCGGAAGCUCGAAGGGCAGCGGCGGGUUCCACCCGAUUCACCGGAGGAUCGCCGGAUUUCAUGCCUCGCAGUGCGGGUUCUGCACACCCGGUGUCUGCAUGUCCAUCUUCUCCGCCCUGGUCAACGCCGACAAGGCCCCCCGCCGGCCGGAUCCGCCGCCUGGCUUCUCCAAGCUCACCGUCGCCGAAGCCGAGAAGGCCGUCGCCGGCAACCUCUGUCGCUGCACCGGCUACCGCCCCAUCGUCGACGUCUGCAAGAGCUUCGCCGGCGACGUUGACCUCGAGGACCUGGGGCUCAACUCCUUCUGGCGGCGGGGGGAGACCACCAAGGCCGGCGCCGCCGCCGUCGACAUGCUCCCCUCCUACUCCCUCGGCGGCGGCAUUGGCACCUUCCCGGACUUCCUGAAAGCCGAGAUCAAGGCGUCCUUGUUGGAUUCAGCCCCUGAGAUUCCACAGUCCGCCAUAGCCUCGAGCUUCGUCGGCUCCUGGUAUGCUCCCAAAAGUCUGGGCGAGUUGCACAGCAUUCUGAGAUCGGAAGGGCCUGGGAACCGCCUGAAGCUGGUCGCCGGCAACACCGCCGCCGGCGUGUACAAGGAGGUGGACCGCUACGACAGGUACGUUGACCUCAGGCUGAUCCCGGAGCUGAACGAGAUCAGAGGAGGCGACCCCGCCGGGUUUGUGGAGAUCGGGGCGGCGGUGAGCAUCUCCCGCGCCGCCGUAGCUCUGGAGAGAGAGGGAGGCGCCGUCUUCUGCAAGCUCGCCACCCAUCUGAGGAAGGUGGCCGCCGAGUUCGUCCGCAACACGGCGAGCAUCGGCGGCAACCUCGUCAUGGCGCAGAGGGGGAAGUUCCCGUCGGACGUCGCCACCAUCUUCCUCGGCGCUGGCGCGUCUGUCUCCAUACAGGUCGGUUGUCAGAGGUCGCUUCUCUCUCUAGAGGAGUUCUUCGAGAUGCCCCCCAUCGACGCCGGGAAGUUGCUGCUGAGUGUGAGGCUUCCCAGCUGGGCGGAGUCCGCCGGAGGAGAGAGAAAGUCAAAGUUAGUGUUCGAGACCUUCAGGGCGGCGCCCCGGGAACUUGGGAACGCCGUCGCCUACGUCAACGCUGCCUUCCUGGCCCGUGUCGCCGCCGGAGAGGCCUCUGGAGGGCCCGUCGUGGAGAGCUUGCGGCUGGCUUUCGGAGCCUACGGCGGGCGGCACGCCACCCGAGCCAAGAAGGUCGAGGAAUUCCUCACCGGCAAGCCGGUCAACUCCGGCGUCAUGCUGGAAGUGAUCAGAUUACUAAGAGAAGAUAUUUCGCCGGAGGAAGGCACUGAUCACGCAUCUUACAGAGUCAGCGCCGCCGCCGGUUUCCUCUUCAAGUUCCUCCUGCAGCUCGAGGAAGAACACGGCGGAGGAGGAUCAGUGAGAGCAGUUGCUGGAGAGAAGGAGACCCUGCUUUUAAGCACCGGAUUCCAGAAUGAGCACAUUUCGUUCUCAAACGGCGAGGUCUCCGCCGUCGAUCGAUCGGGCAGUCAACGGGAGAAGCUUCUACCCUCGAGGCAGGCGAUGGAAGGGAGCAGGACAGAGUAUCAUCCCGUCGGCCAGGCAGUGAAGAAAGUCGGCGCGGAGAUCCAAGCCUCCGGUACGCUCUCUCUCUCUCUCUCUCUCUCUCUCUCUCUCUCUCUCUCUCUCUCUCUCUUGUGAUCCCGUUGACCAGAAACUCCAUCUCUACUUUAUCUGCUUUAAGUUAGUAAAAAAAUGGAAAAACCCAGGUUAGAUGGACGAACUUAUUAGGAAAUCUCGGUUGACUUUGUGCUUGCUCCUGGGGUCUGACCUUUUCAGGGGAGGCGGUGUAUGUGGACGACAUACCGUCCCCGAUAGGUUGUCUGCAUGGGGCUUUCGUGUACGGCACGAGGCCGCUGGUGCCGGUGAAGGAGGUCAACCUUAAGAACCAGAUGGCAGCGGCAACGGAGGAACCCGUCGCGUUUAUCUCCGUGAUGGACAUCCCGAGCGGUGGGAGGAACAUCGGGACCGGGGCCGUUUUCGGCGAUGACCCGCUCUUCGGAUCUUCUUGCGCUGACUAUGCUGGUCAACCCCUCGGCCUCGUGGUAACUCCUUUUGCUUUGUUUUGACUUGAUUCCAGUGAGGGAAGAAAGAGAGAGAGAGAGAGGGGGUUGACCUCGUGAGUUGACCUUGCAGGUUGCAGAGACCCAGAGAGCGGCCAAUGCCAUCGCUCGGAAGGCGGAGGUUGUCUACGAAGGCGAGAUCGCCGGGACACCGCCUAUCAUGUCGGUGGAGGAGGCCGUGGAGAGGAACAGCCUCUUUGAUGUGCCGCCAUUCCUCCAGCCCACCUCCGUCGGGGACUUUGACCAAGCGAUGGAGGAGGCCGACCGGAAGAUCCUCUCCGCCCAGGUGAUAAAGAAUAAGGAGAGAGAGAGAGUGUUUAAGGGUUGACUUUUGGUUUUGACUUUGUUCUAUUCUUCAGAUCGUUCUUGGGUCUCAGUACUACUUCUACAUGGAGACGCAGACGGCGCUGGCCGUCCCCGACGAGGACGACUGCAUGGUGGUGUACAGCUCUUCGCAGUGUCCCGAGCAGUCGCAGAAGAUCAUCGCACAGUGCCUCGGUCUCCCGCAGCACAACGUCCGCGUCAUCACCCGCCGCGUCGGCGGCGGAUUCGGUGGCAAGGCCGUUCGCUCCAUCCCCGUAAGCCCCCCUCCGCCGCCGCUGCUCGCCAUUUCUGCCCCCGCUGCUCGGACUUUGUCGCUGGUGCUCGCCAUUAUCGCCGCCGCUGGUAGUGCAGGUGGCGACGGCGUGCGCGCUGGCGGCGUUCAAGCUCCGGCGGCCGGUGCGCAUGUACCUGGACAGGAAAACGGACAUGGUGGUGGCGGGCGGGCGCCACCCGAUGAAGGUGAGCUAUUCGGUGGGGUUCAAGGAGACGGGGAAGAUCACGGCGCUGCGAACGGAGAUCCUUGUCGACGCGGGGACGACGACGGACGUGAGCCCGAUCAUGCCGCUGAACAUCUCGGGAGCUCUGAAGAAGUACGACUGGGGAGCGCUCUCCAUGGACUUCAAGAUCUGCAAGACGAACCGCCCCACGAGGUCCGCCAUGCGCGGUCCCGGGGAGGUCCAGGGGACCUUCAUCGCCGAGGCGGUGGUGGAGCACGUCGCCGACGAGCUCGCCGUCGACCCAGAGGCAGUCAGGGAGGUCAACAUGCACACCUUCGACAGCCUCCGGCGGUUCCACGGGCCCAGCGCCGGCGACCCGCCGGAGUUCACCCUGCCGGCGGUCUUCUCCCGGGUGGUGGCGACGGCGGAGCUCCGCCGUCGCCGGGAGGAGGUCCGGCGGUUUAAUGGGGAGAACCGGUGGCGGAAGCGGGGGAUCUCUCACGUGCCCAUCUUGCAGCCGGUGUCCUUGCGGCCGACACCGGCGAAGGUCGGAGUCCUCGGCGAUGGUUCCGUCGUCGUCGAGGUCGGCGGCGUGGAGCUGGGCCAGGGGCUCUGGACCAAGGUGGCGCAGAUGGCGGCGUACGCCCUCGGCCACCUUUUGGACGAGGGGGGUGGCGUUGACCUUCUCCAUCGUGUGCGGGUCGUACAGGCUGACUCGCUGAGCUUGAUUCAGGGGGGAUUCACCGCCGGCAGCACUACCUCCGAGUCGAGCUGUGAGGCCGUGCGCAUCGCCUGCAACGAGCUGGUGGCCCGCCUCAUGCCGCUCAAGAAUAGGCUCCUCGAGCAGUUGGGGUCCUCCCUCACCUGGGACCUUCUGAUCGGACAGGUAAAUCAGUCAAUCAAACAAAUCGAUCGAUCAAGCUCUGAAAAGUCAACGGCGACGACACCACCUCACCAUCUGUUUUGUAGGCGGCGAUGGUGUCGGUGAACUUGUCGGCGAGUACUCUGUUCUGUCCCCAGGGCCAAGCCGUCAGGUAUAUAAAUUACGGCGCCGCCGUGAGCGAGGUAGGCAGUUCUCCGAGAUACGCGGAAGAAGAUGGAUGAUCGAUCUUUCUUUUUCGGGAUUGUUCUGAGACGUUUGACGUCAUCAUCAGGUGGAGGUCGAUCUUCUCACCGGCGCGACGAAGAUCCUGCGCUCGGACCUCGCCUACGACGGCGGCCGGAGUUUGAACCCCGCCGUCGACCUCGGACAGGUUUGACUUCAGAAGCCUUAAUCAGCGGCGGCACUAGCGACGGAGAUGAAGGAGAAGAAGAAGAAGAGUGAAACCCUAAUCCCUCUUCCUCUGUCUCUCUCUCUCUCUCGUUCUCUCAGAUCGAGGGCGCCUUCGUCCAGGGACUUGGGUUCUUCAUGUCGGAAGAAUACGUCUCGAACUCGGAGGGGCUCGUGACCACGGAGGGCACCUGGGAUUACAAGAUCCCCACCGUCGACACCAUCCCCAAGCAGUUCAACGUCGAGCUCAUCAGCUCCGGCCACCACCAGCACCGGGUCCUCUCCUCCAAAGGUCGCUGCUGCCCACUUAUCCCUCCCUCUCUCUCUCUCUCUCUCUCUCUCUCUCUCUCUAAUGGAUGGUGUGUGUUGUGGGGGUGCAGCGUCGGGAGAGCCGCCGCUGCUGCUGUCGGUGUCAGUGCACUGCGCGACGAGGGAGGCGAUCAGAGAGGCGAGGAAGGAGCUGGCGGCGCUGGGGGGGCCGGAACCGCCGCCGGCGGUGUUCCAGCUGGACGUCCCGGCCACCAUGCCGGUGGUCAAGAAGCUCUGCGGCUAUGACAACGUGGAGAGGCACUUGGAGGCCGCCCUCCGCCGUUGA